AUGCUCAGUAGAACGUUGACAGAAAGUAGUACAUCUACAGUUAAGAGUGCAGGGUUCCAGGUAUCCCAAGUGCGUUAUAGAAGAACACUAGCCUACCCAUUUUACUCCAAAGCUGGUAAUAUUCCACCUGCAAGGAAAGGGCGUAAACAGACUGUCUUUAAACGUCUCAUGGAUCAAUUUUUAGGGCCUAAGAAUUACAAGGGUGAAUAUUACUUGAAUAAGUAUGCAUAUCCAAAGAACAACCACACUCCAAAUUAUAUCGAUCCAAGAAGCGAAAGAGGGAAUGCGUUACUCGAACCACUAAGUGAGUUUGAUACUGUUGAUGAAACUGAGAACGACUCCUCAAAGAGAAGAAACAAUAAUGCCUUCAGACCUUUCCCAUUAAACUCCAAAUUAUCUACUAAUUUCCAAGUUGACAAUGAAACCAAGAUUCAAAUUGUCAAUGACAUUCUUUUGAAUAAAAUGCCAUCUCAACAAGUUGCAAUUAAAUAUGGACUAAAGAUUCAAAGAAUUGAGGCUAUUCUCAAGUUACGUGAAAUUGAGGAAAAAUGGGAACAAGAAGACAAGAUAAAUGGUGAUUUGAAAAGAAUGUCACAGGCAAUGUACAAAAUGUUCCCUAUUUUCAACCCAAGAAAUAAUGCUGAAAACUUGACUGAAAUUCCAAUUCCAAAGGAAACUUUACAAUCACGUUUCUUAACAAUUGCAGAAUCAGAGCCAUUUGGUCCUGUUGAUGCAGCAAAAGAAUUCAAUUUGGAACCUGCAGCUGUCACCUUGGAGAAACUAUCCGAAGGUGGUGAACACUCCCUACAUCAUGAGGCAACGCAAACUAAAAACGAUGGAUCGUUUAUUGCACCAAUGCAUGAAGGUGAUAAAUACGCUUUCAAGUUCACUCCUGUCAAGGUCGGUAAAGUCGGUUACAGAUAUGGUAAAGUCAACCGGGACAACAGAAAAGACAGAAAGGUUGCCUAUGAUGCCGCAGGUAACAAAUACUAUCCUCUUGAGUAA